AUGAAGAGCGCGCUGUCGCAUCUGCUUGCGCUCGGCCCGGAGCUGGCCAUAUACAUUCUCACAGCUCCCCUGUUCACGGGCAGCGCGCAUGCCGCAUCUGCACAGUCAGCAUCACCAUUCACCAACCUCGAUCUCUCGCAACUCGGACGUGUGGCUGUUGGCGGCGACUUUGAUAGUAUCUCGCUCUACGCAAAUGCAGGCCAAAACGAGAACACCUCCACCAAUGGCAGCGAGUCACUGCUCACACGAUACGCCGAUGGCACGUUCCAGUCAUUGGCACUGGCUGAUGCCGACGCGUCAAUCGCUGCAAUGUGCCCAUACGUCAAGGAUGGAGAUCUGAAAGGGGUUGUUGUUGGCGGGAACUUCACGAGCUUGGGAGGAGUUGCAGCGGCGUCGGUCGCGCUCUGGAAUCCCUCGAGUAAAGAGGUCACAGCGCUGCCUGGUCUCUCAGGGCCUGUGAACGCGCUCUAUUGCGAUGAAACAUCCGGCACGGUGUAUGUUGGUGGUAAUUUCAUGGGCGGCAGUUCCACCAACGCUAUGGCUUGGGCAGACGGAUGGCUCAACCUCCCAUUCGCUGGGUUUAACGGACCCGUUCAAUCAAUCGCGAAGAACACCGCUGGAAACAUCGUGUUCGGAGGACAAUUUGACGGGCUGGGCAAUGCUACAUCACCUGAGGUUGCGGACCAACAAGUGGUCAAUCUUGGCGGAGGCACCAUCUCUGCCGAAGGAUCCACAACGACGGCAGGAUUCUCCGACCCGAGCAACAUCAUUUGCAAGACGGGAGAGCCUGAAGGUGCCGGCAAUACCUGGCUGCUCGCGGACAACAGGGAAGGGUUCUGGGACGGUACGUUCGGAUAUGGCUUCAUCCCGACGAAGAUGCGCCUUCACAACACUGCGCAGGAUGGCCGUGGAACCAAGACCUUUUAUUUCGAGGAGAUGAACAGCGGCGGCAUUCUAAACCUCACCUACGUCGACCCGACGACCGGUCGUGAAGAGUCGUGCAUUCAAAGUUGUCCUCUGCCCGAGAACAACAGCACUGCUCAGGACUUCCGCUUCGUCGCCCCAGUUGGCAUGAAUCAUUUUCGCAUAUUCAUCACGUCAUGGUACGGCUCUGGUGCGGGACUCAGCGGGAUUGAGAUGUUCCAAGACGACAUUUUCAGCUACGCUGUGGACUCGUUCAACGAGCCGCAACAAUGCGGAGCCGUCACAAACGGAUCGGGAUCGUCCUCGACGACUACCCCCGACAAUCUGUGGAGACGAGUUGCGAACGACGGCCGAACCAACUCGGACUUCCUGUCUGCUACACUUACCGAAGCAUCACAGGUCAAUUCUGACACCCAGGUUGUUUUCCGGCCCAACGUGAGACAGUCUGGCAACUAUUCAGUCAUGGUUUACACCCCGGGAUGCAUCCUCGACAAUUCGUGUGCAACCCGUGGGCAGGUGAACAUGACCGCGACUAUGAGUGCAGACUCUGAGUCUGUAACCACUACCCUCUYCCAGACCAACAACUACGACAAGUUUGACCAGAUCUACUAUGGCUACAUCGAUGCGGACACCGAUGCCUUCCGUCCGGCCGUGACAUUGGCGCCCGUGUCUGGACAGUCAGUCCCACUCAAUGUGGUAGCCUCUAGAGUGCGCUUCGAGCUGGUCACGACGACCGGCGGCCUCAAUGGCCUGUACGAGUACAAUCCAGAUGAGGCAACAACCGACACAGACUUCUCUUCAUCCGCAAUCAAUACCGCCGGUUCUUCCUUGGAUUCGCGCGCCCAGGUGAACGCUGUCGUUCAGGGCAGCAACGCGUUUUAUGUUGCUGGCCGUUUCAGUGCUAGCGGUAUCAACAACAUCAUGGCCAUCGACAGCAACGUGACUGCGCUGCCCAGCGGCGGUCUGGACGGACCUGUGUUGGUCAUGCUCCUGGACGAUACACGACUUUACAUUGGCGGCAGCUUCAACGACACGUCAGACAUCAACACACCAGGCUUGAAUAACGUCGCCGUCUACUCAACCGCGGACAAGUCUUGGUCUGCACUUGGAGCAGGUGUUAAUGGUGCUGUGUUCAGCAUCAUUCCGCUGAAGCUGAACAUCUCUUCAGGAGACCUGCAGGACGUCUUCACGAUCACUGGCAACUUCACCUCCGUCAACGCCUUUUCAGGCAAUGCGGCCUUCAACGCUGAUGGGUUUGCGGUGUGGGUUCCCGGCCAGACCAACUGGCUCAACAACAUCGCCUCUGCUGAUGUCGCCAUUGGCGGCCAGCUUACUUCGUACACCGAGGUGCCGAACAAUUCGCCAUUAUACGGAGGCAGCAUCAACUCGCAAGGCAUUGACUACAGCAGCGCGGUGGAACUUGUCGGGUCUGGCAAGAGCUUGCCUUCACUCAGAUCUAUCGGCGUCCAGCUAGAGCAAAGUUCUCAGGCUCCUGCGACUAGCUCCUCCGCGAAACAAAAGCGAGCUCUUAUCGGCCAAACCUCUGGACAGAAUUAUACCGGCGUGUAUGAUGGUCUGUUCUAUGGCGACAGCGGCCUCAACAUCACAGUUCUCGGUGGCAGCUUUACUACAACCACCACUGAUGGAUCGUCCACGGGCAACCUGGUUUUUGUGAACUAUACCAACACAGACAAGACCAUCUCUGGCGUGAGCGGUCUUGACUCGGACUCCAUCUUCGUCGCGAUGGACACGCAUGGCACUCAACUCUGGGCGGGAGGCGCCGUCAACGGAACGGUCAACGGCAACGAGGCUACUGGCCUCAUUGUUUACGACCUGGCUACCAACGACUAUGUGUCCCCACAUCCCCCUGCACUUGCCGGCGACAAUGUUGUAGUCAAUGCCAUUUCUGCUCAGCCUUCGAGUUCCAGMGUCUAUGUUGGUGGGGAUUUCGCAACCGCCGGUUCACUGCCGUGUGGUGCGCUUUGCCGCUACGAUACCAAUGCCCAAGCUUGGCAGACUACCGGCACUGGACUCCGCGGCACCGUCAAUGCCAUGAUCUGGUCUUCAAACACCAUGCUCAUGAUUGCUGGCGACCUCACAAUUGCUGGACAACGAACCACACUCGCCACAUACGAUACAAAGAAGCAGACUUUCGAAGCCUACAUGGGCGCCGACACACUUCCCGGUCCGAUUGUCGCGAUUACUGCAGUAAACAGCCAGUACACGGAGUUUUGGGCCGGUGGGGUUUCCUCAAGCGAUAACUCGGCGUUUCUGUCGAGGUACUCUGGCGGCACCUGGACGCCUGCAUCCGGUCUUGGUGCGGCUACUACCAUCCGCAAGCUUCAGAUCAUGCCUUUGAGUUCCAACCACGACGACAGCGACCUGAUGUCCAACAAUCAAGUACUGAUGAUUCUUGGCAAUGUCAAUGUUCCGGACGUGGGCAACGCCAGCGCAGUCCUCUACAACGGAACCCACUACGACCCUUUCCUUCUCACCAGCAUGCAAGACGGCAGCCAAGGCAGUCUAUCGGCCGUGUUCGUCAGCAAUCCCCAAAACUUCAUCACUAAUUCCAGCCACCACCUCGCUCUGGGUAUAGUGGUCGUGAUUGGUCUCGCAAUCGCGCUUGGUAUCAUCUUCCUUCUGGUAUGCGCAGGUAUUCUCCUUGAACGGCAACGGAGGAGACGGGAAGGAUAUAUCCCAAUGACAGCAGACAAGAGCAGCAACAUUGCACGCUUGCCCCCAGAAGCACUGUUUUCCAACAUGGAGACCAAGGGCAAAACCCCCAAAAUUUGA